CGUCGCCUUGCAGACCUGAACUGUUACCGCCUCAUCUGAUAAAGUUUCAAUUGUUGAACAAAAAAAAAAAAAAAACCUCAUUCACACACGUGGUGUCAUGGCCGCUACAGUAGGAACCGGGGAGCCGCUUCGGGAGUGGAACGAGGAGACGCUGCGCGGCGACGGGCUGCCCAAAAGAGACGUCAUCUCCUUUCUGCAGCAGCACGCAUCGGACUCGUUUCUUGCAGAACAGAAAUUGCUGGGAAAUAUAAAAAAUGUAGCGAAAACUGCGACCAAAGAUCAUCUGAUUACAGCAUAUAACAAACUGUUUGAAACCAAGCGUUUCAAAGGCAAGGACAGUGUGGCUGAUUUGACAAAGGAAACUAAAGCUCUCAAAGUAGAGGAUGUAAAGGCCGUUGAGUCAAAGCCAGAAGUAGUGGUGGAUGAGGGGCCCCCAAAAUACGCAAAGUACAUGCUGAAGAAGGGAGAUAAGACCAAUUAUCCCAAAAAAGGGAACACUGUGCAUUGCUGGUACACAGGAACUCUAGAGGACGGCACAGUGUUUGAUUCAAACAUCUCCACAAGUGCAAAGAAGAAGAAAGCUACCAAGCCUCUGAGCUUUAAAGUCGGUGUUGGUAAAGUAAUAAGAGGGUGGGAUGAGGCUCUUUUAACUAUGAGCAAAGGCGAAAAAGCCAAACUUGAAAUCGAGCCAGAAUGGGCAUAUGGGAAAAAAGGACAGCCUGAUGCCAAAAUACCUCCUAACGCUAAGCUGAUCUUUGAAGUGGAGCUGGUUAGUAUCGAAUGAAGAUCUACAAGAACAUUGCCGUCCGUAUACGCCAGUGUGUGAUGGAAGGAAUAACUUUGUUUACACCGUUGCUGCCAAUAAACCUGUAAAUAAAACUCUUUUCAGAUUA